UUUAUGAUGAAACUGAUAUAAUUGUGGUAACACUUUUUUGGUUUAUAAUAACAACAAUUGAGAAUUAAAACGUCAAAACUACAUAAAAAUCGACUGAUAUCGAAUAAUCUGGGAAUUCACAGUUGUGAUAACUGUCAACAUUCUAUUCUUUCAUCAAGUAAAAUUUAUAUUAUGUUUUUGCAUAUUAGUGAAAUUUUACCAAUAAUAAUAAAUAAUUUCUUGUGUCAUUUGAAUUAUUAUUAAUAUUGAAUCCAAACUUUCAUGAGCAUCAAUUAACUACGUCUGUAACCUCAAAACGAUUUGUUAUUCUCCGGUAACGGCAUGCUCAAAAUUAUUUUAUAAAAAUAAUAACUAUUAAAUUGAUCAUUUACCCCAAAGUAAGGUAAAUAAAUCCUCAUUAUGCCAUAUAAAUUUUGGUCAAAAUUAUAAAGCAUAUGGAGAAAGUUGAUUGAAAGAAUAUAAAUUCUCGAUUGCUCCAAACAAUUUGUCUUUUACAUGAUAGAUGUUAUGAUUUUGGGAAGAUGUUCAUUCUUUUCUGCUAUUCGAUGUUUAUCAGAGACUUCGAAAUUUUGUAAUACUAGUUAUAAAGGAUUUAUCUUACCAGAAACACUUUCACAAGUAAAUAAAUUACCAUCUGGAAGAUUUGGACAUACUAUACUGAAAAUAAACAUUAAAAUGGCAUCAACGUCGCAAGGGGGUACUGAUAAACCUUUCAAAUCCAAUAAAUUAGCUUUAGAAAAAUCUCCUUAUUUAUUACAACAUGCUCAUAACCCCGUUGAUUGGUAUCCCUGGGGUGAAGAAGCUUUAGAAAAAGCAAAGAGAGAAGACAAAUUGAUUUUUUUAUCGGUUGGAUAUUCAACAUGUCAUUGGUGUCAUGUUAUGGAGAAAGAAUCAUUUGAAAAUCCGGAAAUUGCAAAGAUUAUGAAUAGAUACUUUGUUAACAUAAAAGUAGAUCGAGAAGAGAGGCCAGACAUUGAUAAAAUAUACAUGACAUUCAUUCAAUCCAUAUCUGGGCAUGGUGGAUGGCCAAUGAGUGUAUUUUUAACUCCAAAUUUAACUCCAAUUAUGGGAGGGACAUAUUUUCCACCAAUUGAUAGAUAUGGCCAGCCAGGAUUUGAAAAAAUUCUUCUUAGUAUUGCUCAUAAGUGGCUGGAAAAUAAACAAGAUCUAAUCAAAUCUGGAUCAAAAAUAUUGGAAGUUCUGAAAAUGGCCACUGAAAACAAUAAUCAAUUAGAAAAAAUACCACCAUCAGAGGAUUGCGGAAAAAAAUGUGUCCAACAAUUGAUCAGAUCAUAUGAUCGUGAAUUCGGUGGAUUUUCUGAUGCUCCUAAAUUUCCUCAGCCUGUUAAUUUGAAUAUUCUUUUCCACAUGUACGCUAGAGAUCCAAAAAGCGAAUUAAGUCAAGAAUGUUUAUCAAUGUGUCUUCAUACAUUAAAAAAGAUGGCUGAUGGAGGAAUUCAUGAUCAUAUUGGACAGGUAUCAAAUGGAUUCUCAAGAUAUUCAGUAGAUGGUAAAUGGCAUGUCCCACAUUUUGAAAAGAUGCUGUACGAUCAAGGACAAUUAUUACGGUCAUAUUCCAGUGCCUUUGUAGUAACUAAGGAUCCAUUUUUUGCUAAUAUUGUCGAUGAUAUUGUUUCUUACGUAACUAGAGAUUUACGUCAUAAAGAAGGCGGCUAUUAUAGUGCUGAAGAUGCUGAUUCUUUUCCAACUACAGAUGCUGCUGCAAAGAAAGAAGGAGCUUUUUAUGUAUGGACAGCUCAAGAAAUUGAUGAGUUAUUGGGAAAAUCAGUUCCAGGACGCGAUGAUUUGACUCUGAGUGAUAUUUUUUCUUAUCACUUUAACGUGAAAACUGAUGGCAAUAUUGCUAAACGACAAGACCCUCAUGGAGAACUAACAGGUCAAAAUGUGCUGAUAAUCUAUGGCAGCUUGAGAGACACAGCUGAUAAAUUCAACUGUACUAUUGAAGAGACAGAAAAGUAUCUUGCUGAGGCAAAAAAAGUGUUGUUUGAAGCUCGUUCCAGAAGACCUAGACCUCAUUUAGAUGAUAAAAUAGUUGCAGCAUGGAAUGGACUUAUGAUAAGUGGUUUAUCGCAUGCUGGCAUUGCGACAAAAAAUAAACAAUAUAUCCAAUAUGCAAAAGACGCUGCUAAUUUUAUAAAAAAAUAUUUAUUCGAUAAGGAGAAUCAAAUUUUAUUGAGGAGUUGUUAUCGCGGCGAAGGAGAUCAAAUAACGCAACCAUCGGUUCCUAUUCCUGGAUUUCAUUCAGAUUACGCAUUCGUAAUACAAGGUAUUCUCGAUUUAUAUGAAGCAAGCUUAGAUUCUCAUUGGUUAGAAUUCGCAGAACAAUUACAAGAUAUUCAAAAUAAAUUAUUCUGGGAUGAUAAAGACGGCGCAUACUUUGUUACAACUAAUAAUGAUAAGAACAUUAUUUUAAGAUUAAAAGAUGAACAUGAUGGAGCUGAACCAUCCGGAAAUUCUGUAGCUUGCAGUAAUCUACUCCGUUUAGCUGCAUGUAUGGAUCGAAUAGAUUAUAAUGAAAAAGUUGUUGAAUUACUUUCCUUCUUCAAUGAGACUCUAACUCGGAUUCCUAUCGCUGUUCCCGAAUUAGUAUGUGCAUUACUUCAUUAUUGGGAUGCUACUACUCAAAUAUUUAUUGCAGGAAAAAAAGAUGCAAAAGAUACCGAAGAGUUAUUGGAUAUUAUUCGAGAUCGAUUAAUUCCAGCAAAGCUAGUACUUUUAACUGAUCCUGAAGAUAGAGAUUCUCUACUUUUUCAGAGAAAUGAGGUCAUAAGUAAAAUGAAAACACAAAAUGGUAGAGCAACAGCUUAUGUUUGUCGGCAUCGUACUUGUUCUUUACCAGUUGUGGAACCUAGACAGCUUGCAGAACUUAUUGAUGAACAAACUUAAUGCAAUUGAAGAAAAAUCAAAUAGUCUUGAGUGGAACGAGAGAUUUAUUUAAUACUAAUUAUAAUGACAAUAGUUUGAUUUAAGAAAAAAUUAAUUUAAUUAGGGAAAUAGUCUUUUAGACUAAUCGUGAUGGAUACUGGUGAUAUUCUUUUUAAAUUAUAAAAAUUUUAAAUGUAUAAAUUGUCAUAAAUGUCAGUGAAUUUAUUAUUAAAAAAAUACACGUACUAAAUAUA